GGGCACGUGAUUGCGGACACGUGCGGCUUAUGUAAGUCCACUCCCAAAUCUAAUCGGGCAGGCGGUAUCACGUGGGCAUUGCCUGAGCCUCGGGGCUUUUGCAAUGCGCUGGAGCUUUGCUUUACUUUGCUUUGCUUUGCAUCCUGACGGAGUGUCUUCGCGGACCUACACGAUUCCUUUCCUUACCUCACCUAAAUCUCUCAUUUCGCUAUCCACCAUGCCCGUUGUUGCUGGUCCUCCUCAGGCCCACGGCCCCAACACCUUCGAGAAGAUGAAGAUGGGUGCUCUCAUGGGCUCCACCGUCGGUGGUAUCAUGGGUUUCAUCAUCGGAACCGUCACCAUCUUCCAGUAUGGCGCCGGCCCCAACGGUGUCUUCCGCACCCUGGGUAAGUAUAUGCUUGGUUCGGGUGCCACGUUCGGCCUUUUCAUGUCCAUCGGUAGCGUCAUUCGUACCGAGGGCCCUUACAACGACGCCUGGCUCCGCGCUCGGGGCCCCCCGAUGAUGCUCCCCCGCCAGAGCCCCCUCCGCUCUAUGCGCGAGUAAGCGCAUCGUCCAUUCGGUAUCGAUCGACGGUGAGAUGGAGGGCACCAGGCAAGGCGGGAGAAAUUGUACAAUAGCUUAUUCUGAAUAACGGUUCUGGCGCUCACAUAGCCGGAGCGUUCGAAGAACCCUCGACUCGGUGUUGAGCGCAGAGCAGUGAAACCCCACUGGACAACUAUAUUCUGUACAUAGGUGAAGCGGAGGCGCCUCGGAAGACGCCUCUGGUCCGGGGACACACUGCGCUGUAUCUUGGCGGUAUAACAAGCAUUGGGUUUAAUUAAUGGACAGUCAUGAUUGAUGACAGACAGACAUUCUUGUAUGCUGAAUUGGAGGC